GAAACAAAAAAAAACAAAGUCAAGACCGGCCGGCACACGGACACGGCGUCGAUAGAUAUACGUGUCGGACGCACGAAGAAUCACAGAUCAUAAUCAUUCUUUCAAUUUUCACACGGAAGAAGAGGAUCUUAAAAAAAACAAAGAGCGAAAGAGAGACCUUGAAGAAGAAGAAGAAGAAGAAAAUGGCAUUGCAAUGGCUGAUUCUGUCGUACGUGGUUGCCGCCGAGGUAGCCAUCGCCAUCAUCUUGACUUUCCCUUACCCAAUGCUCCUGAAGAAACGCAUCGUAUCACUUGUCUCGCUCAUACUCAAUCCCGCCGCCUCCGUCGUCGCCUUCUCUGGAUUUCAGCUCCUCGAUAUAUACUGGAAGAAUGAGCAUAGGCUAAUGUGCUCAUCUGAGGUUUGCACUACUACAGAACGUGAUCGCUACGAGAAAUCUAUCUAUAAGGCUCAGAGGAAUGUGGUUCUCUGUGCAGCUGGGAUCCUUCUCUACUGGUGCAUCUUCCGCAUCUGCAAGUACCACAAAGAUAUUGAGCGUUUGGAGGAAUUAGAGAAGAGAUGCAAAGACGAGUAGAAGUCUCCCCAAGUCUGAGAGUCUGGUUCUUCUGUUAUAGUAUCACCACGGCUUGUGAGUAGUUCAAAAAAAAACUGAAUGAGACCAGGAUUGAUUUAUCUUGAGAAUAUCUUUGCGCAGACCCUUUUUGUGUGUAUUCCUUUUGCAACUUUUGGUUUACUUUCCGAGGAACAACAGGCUCUGUUUAUUUCACGUCCAGAAUUCACCUUUACUGAUUAAAGUUGUUGCAAGAAACCUAGAUCAGUACUUCGAGUAAAAUUUGCAAUUGUA